AUGCCUUCAACUCGACCGUGCGCAGCCUUCGAGCCAAUCUCUCCCGACUUCGAUGUCAAGACCCUCGUCGAAUCAACUCCCAAUUUCGAGUGGGUUGUCCGCAUCCACUGUGAUAUGAUUGAUCAUCAAGGUCUGGAGAACUUUGAAAAAUUAGUUCUCAUUCACGUCAUUCUUGGAGGCAAGCCACUCGUCAUCGAGGGCUACGAGACACGACUUGACCGUUGGUCAUUCGCCACACAAUGGCUCCGAGACAAUUGUGGUUCUAAAGUCGAGACUGCUCGCGAUCUGACCAAGAAGAGCAAUGUCCCACUUUCUAUCGGUCAUUACUUGAACAACAUGGCUCUGCUCACGAAUCAAUGGACCAAUGGCAAUUACAAAGACGCUGAUCGUCAGCGCAUGUAUUUGAAAGACAUCGACUGCCCACAACUCUGGCGUGAUAAACUUUCUGAACUCCUUCCUCCUUCCCUGUUUUACCUCAACGAGUCUACUGGCGAUGUCGGCGGCUUUGGCGCUGUCGAUGAGGUCGAUCCGAACCGACCGGGCAUGAGGAAAGGAAGAGGCAUUGCGAAAUCUGGUGACCUUAUGUCAAGCCUACCCCCGGAAAUGCGCGCCGAGAAUCUCAUGUGUUACAUCGGCCACGAGGGCACCUACACCCCGGCUCACCGAGAGAUGUGCGCCAGCCUAGGCCAAAACAUCAUGGUUGAAGCCUCUACUGGCCUUGUCGAAGAAGGGAAACCAACAAAACCAGGCUCCUCCAUCUGGUUUAUGACGGAGUCCAAAGAACGAGAAGUCGUCUCAGAGUAUUGGCUGUCAAGACUUGGUCAUGAUAUCGAGGUGGAAAGCCACUUUGCUCAAAUCAAUGCUUGGAAAAUGGCGCCAUUCAAAACAUACGUUGUUGAGCAGAGACCCGGAGAUUUCAUAUUGAUUCCACCGUUGGCGCCCCACCAGGUGUGGAACAGAGGUACGCGCACAAUGAAAGUCGCAUGGAACAGAACAACGGUCGAGACCUUGGAAAUGGCGCUUCACGAGGCCUUGCCUCGUGCUCGCAUGGUCUGCCGCGAUGAGCAGUACAAGAACAAGGCCAUCAUCUACUACACAAUGCAAAAAUAUUCCAAACAACUUAAAGCAGCCGAAAAAAUCAAGCAAAAGUUGCUCGCCGCUGGACGCCACCUCCCUGGCAAUGAUGUCAGAGUCCGCCAGCUGGAGAAGGAUUUCCGCCGGCUCCACGGUCUUCUCACUGAGAUCCUUGUUUCGGAAAGCUUUUCUACAGCGCAGAAAGAGCCUCCUGUGGAGAAGCUGACUUACGAUAGCAAUGUCACUUGUUCAUACUGUCGCUGCAAUAUUUUUAACAAGUUUUUGACCUGUCCUAAUUGUGUCGAAAAAACCCCAGGAGGCGAUGAUGACACUUACGACAUUUGCUUGGAAUGCUAUGCAAUGGGUAGAAGUUGUGCAUGCAUUUCAAAGCUCAAAUGGGUGGAACAAUGGCCCUGGGAUGAUUUAGUGCAGAAGCAUGAGCAAUGGCGACAUCAGAUCCUUCAGUACGGGGGCAAGGUUACUGAAAAAUCCCCCAUGUCGCUUAAGACCGAGCUUGAUCGACUUGGUAGAAAACCCACGCUUGCACACAUCUGUCAGCUGGAAUUGCAACGUCGACCGUUUCGUGACAUUCGUCGCGCUCCCUCUCCUGUUAUCCAACACGAAGAGGAGGAUGAGCCUCAGGUUGACGACGAGGGCAGGGUCAAGAAAAGGAAACAGAAGAAGAAAACCGAGAAGUUCAUACGUGAGCAUGGGCGUUGUCACAUUGACUCUUACUGGGAACCGAAAUGGAAGCAGGCAUCCUGUUCUCAUUGCAGCAAGAACUAUUGCUAUGGCAGCCUUUUCCGAGCCUAUGAUAUGAAACCACAAGACAUCCUUGCAGAUCCUGAUUGGAAAUGUCCGAGCUGUCGCAACAUCUGUGGCUGUCGAGUUUGUUGUAGAAAGCCGGGUUACAAGCCAUACACUCCAUCCAGCACGAUGUUGGGCCACAAUACGAAAGCGGUGGCUGAUCCACGAUCUAUGGAGGUUUUGGUGGAUUUCUCUUUCUCUAAUAUCGGGUGGAUCCAAAAGGCGGGCGAUGAUAAUGGGGCUAACACUCGGCGUCUUAAGAAGCGGAGAAAAGAGGCCGAUGCCGCCAAAGCUCAAGAGACACAACUCGGUGAUGACUACGUGGACCUAGAGAGUAGAGACAAUGACAUCGAAGAUGGCAUCCUGCGUCUUGCCGCCUAUGAAGGGAUACCGAUUGAUCCGGCCCUGGGAACUUGUGGGGGCGUCAGUGGUGGAGGGUCGACUGCAGAUUCAGACGAGUAUGACGAGAAUCCUGAGGGUGCAAGAUUAGAUGAGGACGCAUCCCCAGCAGAUUUAUCUGGUAUUGAGCAUGCUGUGCCCGCCGGUGGCGUACUCCGGGAUGUGGACCAUGCGUAUGACAUGACCGAGGCCAUCACGUAUGACUAUCCCGAUCCCGAGUCAGGUCGACAUAUCGCCGUCACGUUGGAGGAAGAAGCAGCUCCGAUCCCGCCUGGUUAUAUACCUGCAGUACCUGACGAGAAUGGAGAUAUACAUAUGGAGAAUCGAAAACGCAAGCGAACAAAAUUGGACGAAGGAGAUCGGGCUUUCCAGUCCAACAAGUCAUAUGUCGACAAAGGCAACAAAAAGCGCAAGUCACUAAUCGUGAAGCUACCGAUCCAUCCUGAAAAGUUGGCGGCAAUCAAGCCAAUGGCGCUGAUGGCUCGACAAGCGUUGAAUGGCACUGAAGUCCCGGCCCCAGUGAUCAGUUCUGAUUUACAAGCACUAAACGCCGCGGAGGGCAACCUCCAGCAGGUGCCAAAGUACGCCCGUAGAGGGCUAGAACAUGUUGCUGUGGAACAAGAUGACGACUUUACCCCUGGGCGAUAUCGAGACCGUCGAAAAGCUAUGGCAGAUGGAGUUGCAAGGCCUCCACCGGAUUCGGACAUCACUAGAAGACAGACUCGAAUGCACAACGUUCACUAUGAAGAACCAGACGAGGAAGAGUUUAAUGAAGUACUGCCUAAUAACCCAGGCGGUGCUAGAAAGAGAAACAUAAUGGUGGUCAGAUUGGAUGAUGCCGAACUGGGAUUUGAAACGGAUGUUGAAGCCGAAGAUGAGAAUAUGUCAGACGUUGACGCCACCGAAGUCAGCAGCUCCCGAGAAGUGUCAGCUUCGACAAAUGGGACGCCGCUCGCUCCUAACCCCCUUCAGGACGACCGUGCUAGCUCAACACGGAAGUCUUCCCUCGAGCCAGUUGGACGGCUAGCUUCGAUCUCUUCUCUGCGACCUGCGGGAACGGCCCGAAGGACUGCUAGGCAAUCUCCUGGGCCGAAACAUGGUUCAAAAAUGCUUGCCGAAGCCCAGGCAAACCGAAAGGCAAAGAUGGCUGCCAUCGAAUGGUUGGAUAAUGAUAGUGAGGACCUCGAAGAUGCCUGGUCGGAGAAUUCCUUCGUGGAAGAGCCAGCACCACCAAAGCAGCAACCAAAUGCACCGACACCGACAGCCGCCCGCCCUAUGGCUGCAUUAGAAACAGGCAUAACUGCGACUGUGAGACGUGUCCCACAAAUGGCAUAUGCGGAAGUGGCAAGUGCACCGUCCAAGCCAGUGAAACCUGUUGCCUCUCUCACGAAGGUCUCAAAAGAUGCCUGGGUAGACAGUGAGGGCUCAGAUGAUGAAGCGGUUGUGGCAAAGCCAGCAGGCUGGGCAAGUGUCAAUGCAAGUAACGCAUCGUCGUUUCAACCCGCGACUUCGAAGAAACGUGGUCGACCACGAAAGUCUUGA